AUGCAAGUUAUACUAGGAAUUUCUUUCAAUAAAAAUAAGAGCAAACGUAUUGCUCGAUGGAUUAUUAUCAUUUUACCAGUUUGUAUUAUGACUAGUCUUAUUCAUGAACCUUUACAUCGAAAAAUGUUUCAUUAUGAAACUGAAACUGAGAAAUCUUAUAUCGAUAAGACUAAUGAAACGAUUGUGGACAUAAUCGAACCUGUAACAAAAAAUAAAACAUUAAUUAAUACAAUCUAUCGAAGUACCACAACUCGUUAUGUGUGGUGUGUGAUUCAUUAUUCUUCUACUUUUGUUCAAGAUUACAAUAUUUCUAUUCUAUUUUUUCAUCUUAUUGUUCCAUUUCUUGCUAAUUUAUUAUCUGCUUUAAUUAUUAUUUUUGGAAAUGCUCGACAACGAUCACGAGCACAAAUUAAUCAAACCAUUCAAGAACAUGUUCGUCAACAAUUAAAUGAGCAUAAACAACUACUCAUUAGUCCUGUAGUAUUAUUAAUCUUAUCGAUGCCUCGUCUAGUCAUUUCAGUAUUACCUGGAUGUGUGAGAACAUCACGUAAUUUAUGGUUAUAUCUUAUUGCUUAUUUCUUUUCAUUCACACCAUCAGUACUAACCUUUAUAAUAUUUGCUGUACCUUCGAAGUUGUACAUGAAAAUAUUUAGAAAUACUCUUAUUGCUUGGCGACAUCGAACUCAUCGUAAACUUAAGAACGUAAAGUAA